AUGACAGGAACUAAUAGUCAAAUAGCUUCGUUGAAAACCGUUGCAAAAGGUGUAGGUUACUUAACAGCUGUUGGUAUAUUAUCAGUAUUCAUAAGCAAGGCCAUCAUUAAUAGAAGGAGAGAUGAACAGUUUAAACCAGCAGUAAGAUCAAAAGGAAAAUUAGAUAAUAAAAAAGAUACUGAAGACACCGAUGAAGACAUAAAUGAAAAAUAUUACGCUAAUUUGGCAAAUGUAAAACCUGGCUUUCCACUACCAAAUCAACAAUCACAACAGCGAGAACAAAAUGAAUCUGUGAAUUUACCAUUGCAAAAUAAAAAAGAAAAUCAAAGGAAAAGUGAAUUUGAAGGUGCUGGAUUAAGUUAUUUAACUAGAAAGAGAGGCGAUAAACUAGGAUUUUUCAGCCGUUGGAAUGUUAAUUCAGAGAAUGAUGGUGAUAGGUGA